GACAUGUCAAAGUUGUCAAAGGGCCGUCAAGCAGCACGAUUGAUUUGUUUUCUACAUCUCGUUAUCGGUAUUUCAGCAAUUACGUGGUCUCGAAUGCAGUUUUAAUGUUUAUGUUUAUCCCUAUCUCGGAAUUAAAACAUGUUCCUUAAAAUAUAACCGUGCAUUUUAAUUAUAGCGAAUCUCAUUUUGUGUUUGUGUGCGGCGCAGUGUUUCUUCGGUAGUUGUACUCCCGGUGUUCUUAAAUUAAAAUAUUUCAAAAUAGUUCCAAGCUAAACAAAGCUGAAGAGGAGGGACAGGCAGUGCCUACCAUCCAGCCUGAAAACCGCAUUGUCCUGGCGCGAAUAUCAGAAGGAGAAUUCUUACAGAGUUACAAUGUCGGUGAUGGUAAAAAGAUGGUACCGCUCACGCAGAAGUCAGUUCAUUAUAUUUACAAUAACUUUACUCUGCAUUAUAUACUAUUUAAGUUUAAACGCCAGUUUGCAAAGAGAACCCGAUCUGGACUUAACUAGGCGAACAUCUGUGAUUAAGUUUAUAGAGAACAGAAUUGAAGAGGCGUUAAGAGAAGAUAAAGGGAGCGGGUGUGAGAUACCCCACCUCGAUCCUUUUGCAAAGGAAAUAAUGCAGUUCGAUAAAGUCUUACCCCCCAUCACGUGUAAAGGCAAGGAUUGGGUACGAUGCUAUCACUCCGAAUGUAGAGUAGUCAAAUCAAUACUGGAAACUACGAAAAACGUAGUUUGUAAAUACCAAGAUAUUAUAUACGAGAGUGAUUAUAAAUAUCACCUGGGUCCACCCACUCAAGUUGCCGGAGACAAACCUUAUAUACUCGACAAGAGUGACCAUGUUAAAAUCAAAUGUACUGGGACACACGAGAAAAGUCUUCUGAGUUCGACAUGGGUGGGCUACACUCUAGGCUUCCGAAAGUCGGUGGAAAGGAAGCCGGUGCCGCCGUUCAGGGAAGACACACUAAACGUGCUGAUAUUCGGCUUCGAUUCGACUUCCAAAAAUGGCUUCAUCCGAAAAAUGCCUAAGUCUUAUAAAUACCUGAAAAAUACUGUCAAAGCUACGAUACUUGAUGGAUACAACAUAGUUGGAGACGGAACACCCGCCGCUUUAUUCCCCAUUUUAACUGGCAAGACUGAAUUAGAGUUGCCAGAUGCAAGAAAAAAAUCCAUAACCAACGGCACGCUUGAUUCUAUGCCUUUUAUAUUCUACAAACUUAAGGAAGAUGGAUACCGGACAGCGUAUUUCGAAGAUAUGCCUUGGAUUGGAACAUUUCAGUACAGGUUCAAGGGUUUCCAUCGUCAACCGGCCGACCAUUACCUCAGGUCUUUUUACCUUGAGGAGGCUAAUGGAAGGAAAGGGUGGGGAACUGCCUCCAAGUACUGUAUAGGAGACACUCCUCAGUUCCAACUCAUGAUGAAUAUCACUGACCAGUUUCUCCGUCUAGACGGCAAGCGUUUUGCUUUCACGUUCAUAGCGGAUAUAACUCAUGAUAACGCGUACAUGAUCUCAGUGGCCGACGAUGCCAUGGUCAGAUUCCUUCAGACCCUGGAGAACCGGAACGUUUUCGAAGACACACUGUUUAUACUCAUUGGGGAUCAUGGACCUAGGUAUGCAGAACUUCGUAAUACUUUGCAAGGCAAGUUAGAAGAGCGCUUGCCCCUAGUGGCGAUCCGUCUACCAGACCGCCUCGUGAGGUCGAGGCCUCAAGCGAAGGCACAGUUGGAGGAAAACUCGCGAGUCCUGACCACCCCUCACGACCUACACGCAACUAUACUAGAUGUAUUGGACUGGGAUCAGUAUAGGAACCCUUAUAAGGUGGCCGGAGCUGAUCUGCCGAGGGCCUUGAGUCUGUUGGAGCCGAUUCCUAAGAACAGGUCGUGUAGCGAGGCGGGCAUACAGCUGCACUGGUGCGCAUGCGUCAAGUGGAAGAAUGUCACCGACUCCACUAUGAUGCAGCGGACGGCUCAUGCCUUCGUGGACUUCAUCAAUUCGCUCACAGAGACACAAAGGUCCAAAUGUGUCCCCCGUACAUUAAAAUCAAUAGAAUGGGUGAUGAGCCAGCGGCCGAACAGUAAGAUGUUGUCGUUCGUCUCUGCUAAGGACGCCGACGGGUAUGUAGGCAAGUUUGGCGCCCAGCUGCAGAUAGCCAAGGAAAACUAUCAGUUGAAGGUGAUAGUCGGUCCGGGUCACGGUAUAUACGAGGCUUCGAUGACUUAUCUCAAGAAUGAGGACAGAUUCGUCAUCAACUCCCGGGACAUAUCUAGGACAAAUGCUUACGGAGAAGAACCUAGUUGUAUAAGUGCAACGAGCCCACAUUUGAACAUGUACUGUUAUUGCAAGGACUAUGUGCCGAGCGACUAAAGGGCUAUGCCACAGAAGGGAACAUGAGCGGAGAUGCCAUAAGGCAGGUAGGUCAGCCGCCUUCUUGUAGGUCAAGUAACGUUAGGCGUGACCAAAACGACCAGUUAGUGGUAAACUAACGAGAGUUGAGACAUCUGUCAAAUAUUGGUCGUGAUAAUAUGUGAACGAGGUGGACAGACGACCUUAUAAAGGUCGCCGGAAGACGCUGGAUGCAGGUCGCUUCCAACAGGUAUCUGUGGAGAUCAAAGGGGGAGGCCUAUGUUCACCAGUGGACGUCCUAUGGCUGA